AUGAUCGACUUCAUCAGAGCCUACAACGAGUCCUGGGCUGCCGGGUUUUAUGCAAAGGGCGGCUAUGAAGCAUUUUACGAAGGUGAAAGCAAGUUGUUCGGCUCCGAAGGUCAAUGAUGUGUAUAUUCGCAGGAGGCAAUCAUACCCAUUCGACGGAAGCCCCUCCCCACAACGGUCUUUCGAUGCGCAUACCUCACUGUGAACCUGCACCGAAUUCGGCAGUUAACUGAACUCCCGAUUAGUCAUUUAGCUGAUAACCUCAUUCAGUUCGUCUUUAUGAAUUUAUUAUCCCUUCAGUCCCAAUUCUAACUGACCAAACUUACAGAAAUUUUCAGUUCCACUUCAUUUUUUGUGAGAGAGCAUCCUGUGAGAUGCGAUCGUUGUGACAAGAGCUUUAUUUGCCUAACAUUUCCAAUCCACGCUUGAACCCAUCACCAUAGACAAUACCAUAUAUGUGAGCAUCCUUUAUCGAGCAGUUAGUUGCUUACAUUUUCACCAUUUCACCUUAAAGAAAGUCCUAUCUGUAAGCGCUGUGUUUUGAUGAUAUAAGCUUUCUUCAAGCCCGAAAUAUCUCAGGGCGGAAAAGAUAGUCGCUACCCCAUUUUCGAGCACAAGCUCCCCACCAGUAAUCGCCAGAAAAUCGAUGAAAGCUGUAGUGAAGUCACAUAAAGAUUCGGUUAGCUCUGGGAAAUUUCAUUAAACUUGGUUGAGUCACGACGAGGAAGGAGAGAGAAAAAAUGUCAAAUUAAAAGUCACAAUUUCAUUAAAAUAGACGCACAUGCACGCUACUGCGCAAAUAGCGAAUGCGAAAGGAUCUAGGACUGUGGAGGGGAGGAAGAAUUAAUGCAGUUAAAGUCUUGAAAAGGAAAAAAUCACAAAUGAGGACAAUCGUGCGCUGUUCAGCAACUGUUGCUGACCAUUACAUUUCAGACCUAGAAUAAAACAGCCUUCGAACACUGCCGUGAGAGCCACCGUCGACUCCACAGGUGUUCCUACUGGCAAGGGUGUGAUAAGUAAAUCCACUGGGAAAACUGGAGUUAACUAACACCCUAACGUCAACCGUUAUCAUGUAUGUCAUGGGUAGCUCUAACCCUUAGCUCGUAAGGCUUUAAGGAAAACUCGAACGCAACCGUAACCUUACCUCCAGCCCUUAAAACCCUAGCCCCGACUCCUAAGCCUAAAUCCCAACUCUAGCCACAACCCGGAACCCAGGUCACAAUCCAAGCCUGGAACGCCUAGUCCAAUGAAUAACUAUAACCGUAACUCUACCCCCACUUCUGAAAUAGAUACGGAAAACUUUGAGGUCAAUAACGCUAAUGAAGGUUAAAAUUCGCGUAUCUCAUAGCCCCGUCCGCAACCUAUCGCCAGGCGAACCGUUAUGAACCACAUUGCCGUUUGAUGUAACUCAAAGACAUAUUGCCACCCACUGAAACCUCAGCUAUUGUCUAUCAAAUACGCUGUAACGACGGAGACUGCAACUACACUGGGGACACCGGACGGAAAUUGCAGACCCGCCUACACGAACACAAACUGACAACUUGGAGACUAGACCCAAACUCACAGCCUGCGGCUCACAUCGGAGAAACUGGCCACAGUUUUGAAUUUCAAGGAGCAGCCGUCUUAGGCGGGGGCACCUCAAGGACAGAGCGUCUCAUAGUUGAGGCUUGGUGCUCAGAUGCCAACUCCAUCAACGGGCAUCUAGACCUUCCUGCGGCCUGUAGAAUCCUACGUCACUACGUACACUAUGAGCAGAAAAAGACGGUCACACGGUUAAGAAUGCCGGGAAAACACGGCCCGUCGACUAAUUCGCCCAACAGGGGGUCACAAACGUAACUAGCCCCAAAUGAAGUGGUGACACACAAUGCAGGAGGCCACCAAUAUCCACAAACGAUGGUAAGUGGGCCAAGGCAGCGAAAGAGGAGAAAGAUCGACCAGUCCAAGGCCAACUAACUCGGCCGUCUAUUCGAAAUUCUGAUUGAUUUUUGCACUAAACGCUUUGAUAAUGGGGAGUCGGCCGAGUUCUCUAAAAAGUCAACAGUACGAUUCCCUUGAUCUGGUGAGCACUUCACUUUUCUCAACUGAACCACAUCUACCUAAAUAACAUAAGAACGUAGAUUUUUGAACAAUCUCCCGUAGAGGUGGGGGGAGAGUUACAUACCCCACUCUCACCAUUCUUACCUAUGGGUGAGCGAGUUGGCUUUUCCGGACACUCCACUUCUUGGCCGGAAAUAGACUCCUUGAUGCGAUAAAUUUAUCUGAACUUGUAUAUCUAAUAUCAGACUGAAAUAAUUCUCUAAAUUCUCCGAUGUCGACUUGAGCCGUGGUUAAAUCUGGAGUACAGAGCACUUGUGCGGCCGAUUAGAUUAUGCGGUUAUGUAGUUUUUUGUCCCGUGGCGCUCGCACCCACUUGCGAAGGUCACGUCACCAGCAUCGAGACGGACUUCCCGCGAGUCUCCCCCUCCCACAUUGUGAAUUUGUUUAAGGAACAAUUCGAACACACAUCUGUUGCAGAUCUCGGAGAUUCCCCACUGUUUGGUGGCAUUAUGUCGGUGACAUUUUGCUAUUAACAGGGACCAAACUCCUAAGUGCGUUAAAGUCACUUUGUACAAGCAUACAAUUCGCGACGAGACUGUUUAAAUAACCUUUGUACCAAAUGCGGGUCAUAGUCUGCGUAAAUUUCGGAAUUAGUAUGGAGUAAGGUUAGCUUCCAGAACCCCAAACAUAAUCAGAAAGAGGUUCAGAUGGUCAAAUUUGCCGUAGAAACCAAUCAGAAGAGACAACACUAUACUUGCACCUAGUACGACAAAAUUCCCUUCCUUACUGCUUACUGGUAGGGCUGGCAAUGUACGCUCCUAUAAAUCAGACUUUAAACAUUUCUGCUUUCGUAUAGAAAGACUGAUUCGAUCAUGGCCGAGAAACACGACGAUCCGCGUCCAAUAAGACGGCUGAACGCGCACGCGCAGAGGCCCUUCGCCCCCCGCCUCCGCGCCACACAGUCUAGAUGAGUAAUCCUCUUCUCCGUUCUGAUUGGUAGGUUGUGGAUGGUACGCUGUGCGUGUGCAUGCGCCGGUCGCCGGAGGAGGCACGCGCUAGUCCGACGGAAGGAUGCCUCACUGCAUGCACACGCACGCACGCACCCCGCGUGCAACGACGACGACGGGCGUGAUGGGCCAGGCGCGAAGGCAGGCGGCCAGUCGUGCCCGUCUAGGUCGCCGCCUGAUGUCGACCUCCGCCAGCGGUGGGACGCGCCGUCUGGUCGGCCAGCGCAACCGCCUGACACGGCCUGACGAAGGCCACCGCGCAGACUGUGGUGGCUGGGCAGCCGUUGUGGUCCUUCUGCUGCAGGGCUGUUCCCCGCCGUCUAGACGGUGAAACGGCCGGUCAACCCUGGACGCAUGGUGUUUUUUGAUCGACAAGGAAGGCAAACCGCCCUCGCCCACGUUACGAGUCUGAAUACAAACCUAAGACUGCCUGACAUUUCAGAGAAUUUGCCGGAGAUAUCGCUUGCUACUACGAUUGCCCACAUCCUAGUUACAAGACCACACUCGUUUGACCCGAAGCUGUUAAGUCGAGUUAAAAUCCCAGCGAAAAGCCAAAAGGUACCCGGGAGUGUGUACACCUCGGUCCGGAUGGUUCCCUUUUUAUACCCGUCAAAAUGGGUCCUAUGUAUCCGUCGGAAGAUAGAUCGGAUAUGAACCUCUUUGGCAUGAGCAGAAAACAACAAACGGAAAAAUAUAGUAUUCGCAGCGGCCGUAGAAAAAGGCAGUAUUUGGCAGGAUGAUGUGGAGAAUACGGUUAGGGUAGGGAUGCUUAGUGAUUGGAGUCCGUCCUCGGAGUGGGGAGUCAUCGACGAAUUGAGGACCGUCUGCUGUCAUUCCGUGAUGCGGAAAUGUAGAGCUGGGGACAACUUGGAGGAGAGGGGACGGAACACGCGGAAUACCACGUGAUACCUUUGCGAAAGGCUUUCAACAGGAAGCUUCAGGCGGGGAGGAGGGCAAGGUAUUAAUAAUCAACACAGGCAAAAGUUGUUAUUACCCCUAUCUCCUGUAGGGGUUCUCGCCCAUCGAUUCAAACAGUGACUGAAAUCAACAGAGAAAGGGCGCUUACUGAUCGGAUUACGGGGCGUGCUCGUCCCGUUGUGCCUUGGAGCUCAGUGUUGGGCCCUGGCAGACAUUCGCAUAGCGACCAGAGAGGUGAGACUGAAGUGCUCAUGUCCGGUCUAUUGGUUGUCAUCAGCCGCCCAUACCCACUAAAUCUCUUCACGUCUCGCUAUGCCGAAAUCUUCCCAGUCAGGUAUUGGAUACUGUUUGAGCGAUGGCAAAAGGGAUAUUUACAAAUGGUUGCUAGUAGAUGUUCCGUAUUCAAACACUGUACCGCCGGAAAGCUGUCUGAGCUUAAACUCGUGAUUGCUGUUCAGUUGACGCGCCAAAAUAACUUUUUACGACUAUUUUAAUACCUACUGUCUGGUGUAGAAUUUUAAGACAAGUUGCACGCGUGUCGCAGGGGAAGAACGAAAAUAUGAGAUAAACAGAUUGCUCACUGGGACAGAACAGCCCUAGCCUACUUUUAAUAGCAUUUUAGUAGCGACAUAGCGCUGACUCUUCUUAAGAGAUAGCAAGUCAGUAGGCUGCAUUGGACAAAAUGACUGAGAGCGUGCUGAAAACUACAGUCAGGCUAGUCAGUCGUUGUUUCGCCCAUAUCUCCUCAGGCACGCUGCAUGAAUUGGGGAACGAAAAAUCGGGCUCAGUGCAAGUGAAGCCCACCUUUGAUGAGACAGCAUGAUUGAGAGCAGGGCAUUUCGUGACGACGGAUCGGUAAUGAUAGGCUACACUGACCAGCGCCUAGAAGCCGUGGAUUCGUAUUCUUCGAAGGGCAAACAACGGCCACUGGCCUAAUCGAGAUGCUCGCCAAAGCAGUAAGCUUGCGCCUGAACAAAUCUUUAAGUCAUUUGCAAAUAGCUCAUCACUAUGACGCUACACUUUCGAGUAAAACGAUGAAUGAUGAUCAUGCUGGAUAUUCCAUGCGUUACGUAUUGGUGGAGCGCCUGACCAUCGAACAACCAAGCCUAUCCCCUGACAGACUUUUCUGUUAUCCCUCAUUUCAUGCCUAAUUCAUAUCCGUUUUUUUGUUUCUCCACUCCUGGGCACAAAUUUCAGUUAUAAAAACUUAAUUAUAUUUUGCAAGCAUAUACAUCAGCACACGAUCCACCGUCCACCGACAGCUAUUUGGGGUCCUUCAUCCUACCGCUGCCGAGUUUUCCAGCGCAAAUUAAGUUGAAAGGUAAGAAGAUGGACUGAGGAGAUUCCCGAGCGGUAGUUAGCGGAAGGAAGAGUUGCAUGAAAAUGCGACUUGAUGGAGGUUAUUCCGGAACCCGAUGACAAAUAAGUGCAGGUCUAGAGUGUCAUCCCACUCCGCUUCUUUCUGUCUUCAGACUGGGGAACUCAUUCUCUCCAGGCACUAUUGUACGCAACUUACCGUGACCAGUCAUGUAGCUAAGGAUGAUAUCUGUGCGAAAUUCCUAAAGGAUCGCUUUCGAUACCUCUCAUUGUGAUCAGCGGCAAGUGAUACACUGCUAACUAGAUAACAAUCAAGUCAGUGCGUUUUGGGUUUCUCUUACCUCCUAUUUUAAAUAUGGUAUGUGGCGUAUCUCAUGAAGUAUUGGCCGAAAUCCUGAAAUGCGUUUUCAAUUAGAAGAGAUUACUUAGGUGGGUUAUAGUACUGAUUAUCGUGCCGCAGGGUCCUGACACAUUUCAUUUACGUCAGGAUGCCGGUUUUCAAAUGCGAUUCUUUCCAACCGCCUGGAAGCACCACAAUCACAAAAUGACCACUUGUGUAGUAUGAAAUAUUUCUCUUGAUUUUCGAUUUUCUCACAAAUUCCAAAAUAUUUGUGGAAAGCACACACGCAAAUAUCCUUCAUUGUACUCAUUCAGUAGUAAAAGAUAUCUCUUUAAAUUCUUCACUCAAAGAAAGGAUAGCUUUCGAUCUAAGGGGAUUUGGAAUUAGGAGGUUGUUUAAGGCCGUGAAAUGCCCAUCCAGAUGGUUUUGGAUCUGCUGCUUACUAAUGCGUCUUACAAUGUGAUCCAUAUGUAUUGCAAAAUGUUAUGAGUCCAUACAUACAUACUACACAUACUGUACAUACUGCAUUUUGGUAACCCUAAACACAGAUGUUAGAGAUCUGGUUUGAAAUUAAUCGUAAAUAAGACAAUUUUUCAACAACUUUAAAAUACCCUUUCCUCCAGUAUAAAAUUUGCCGGAGACGUAACCAGCCGCACGAGGAGGAUAUUUUCGUGCCUAUUUUUCCAUAAAAUAUGCUCGAAUUUGUAAGGACAACGAUAAAUCAACGGAGGAAAUUAAUAAUCAAUAGUCAUUUUUUCGCGAAUGUGAUUCUUGUGGACGAUCGGGAAGAAGCACAUUCACAAGCCGGCAUCCUGGCGUGACUGAAACUCCCCCGGAAUUGCCCUGAACGAUAAUUGGUAUUACAACCUCACCUAAGUAAUCACUUAUACUCGAAAAAAAAAAACAUUUCAGAAUUUCGAGUAAAAUUUCAUGAGAUGCACCACCAACUCAUCUCACCCAGUAUCUCAUCCUUCCGGUAUUCCAGCGCUGCUUUCUCGUCUAAUCUCUCUUGCUCUCCUUUUUGCAUAGUUAACCACAUGCUGUAUCGGUUUUUUUUAUCCAGGUGACGCCAACACUGGCUGGCACGUUUCAACGCGCAUGUGGCUUGCUGGUACGAUUUUAUCGAGGACAGGCCACAUCAUGCGCUACUGGCAACCCGACGCCCACGUUCUGUCUGAUGCACAUUUCGCCGUACUCUCCCUGCGGACGGAUGUGUAUCGAAAUUUCCCAAAGUCACUUCCCUGCCGGUUUUCUUGAAGGCUUUUUCUGGAGUUGAAAGAGGAAGUGGAAAGACCAGAUUUUCACAACUGCUGGCUUCCGAUGUACCGAUUGUUUGUGUUCGUUUCAGUUCAGACUAGCUCUGAGUUUUAAGAGUACAGGAUUCACUUCGAAACCUGGAGUUACAUCAGAGAGACCUAGUGGGAAAGACGCUGGGGCCUGACAUAUAAGUCGGACUUCAGGCAGAAAUUACGCUUUUCCGAGGUAGGAAUGGCCGACAACCCGAGGUAUCGCUGGCUUAAAGUCAGGAAAACUUUUGGUGAGACCAGACAGAGUGUGUAGAGGCGGACCUAGUAGGCAGUCGCGGCAGUUGUUCUUAUCAGACGUGCCCAACCGGUUGGGCUCGGCGCGAAGUUUGUACCUGCGACUACUCGAUGAGGACAAAGAUAUUGAUCGGCGUCAGGGUGUGGGCAAUCUGAAGACUGAGUCAGAAGCGCUCGCGCGUGCGCGCAGGCGGUGAUUGAUAGACGCGUUAGAGACAGACGGCAGGCCACAUGGGCAAGCGGCCGCUCCGACGUCUACGAGAGCGGACCGCCACAGCCUUACAGACCCGACUACGGGAACUGCCAUGCUACUGACGUGUUGCCUUGGAACGCCAGCCUAGAGUUCUCUCAGGUGGUCAUACAGUGAUAAUCCGUCGAUGACCUUGAACCACCGCGGACAUUGAGGGGCAGGCUAGAAUGCCCGUGCACUUUGGUCCUGCAGCAAGGUCCGUAGGGCGCCGCAUGCCAAUGACCUUGAAUGUUUCCGGUCGCAACGAACAGGACGUGCCCAUUGGCUUCAGGAACAGAGUGCUUGUUUUAAAUGUUCGACGACCAAGUAGACAUGUGAACAGCUGUCUAUAUAAUACUGACGUUUUUUUCUAACUGUGUCCAAGACUGUAAGUACUUGGGUCAUUAUGAAUAAUAAUGAGAGCACGUUUACUGAAUGACCGAAAGACAUAAGUUUGAAAGGCCUAAACGGCCAUAAACCAGGAAGGUAGUGGUAACAGGCACACUGAUGCUCUCUUGGGAAGAACGCUGUAUGAGACAUGCGGAGUAUAUGUGAUUAUGUGGCCCCAAAAGGAGACACACGAGAGAUGCGCUGGACCAACACUGGGCCACAUCGGACCCCAGCAGGCGUUAUCAAAAUGCACACUAAAACAAGUGUCAAAAUCUCGGGAGGUGCGAUGACAGACCCAGUUACUGGCUGACGCCGUGCACAUUGGGACCCUGCCGCUCCCCCCCCCCUUUGUUGUUUUUCAAAGUGCUCGUCAUUUGCUGUGUGGACCAGGGGAUGUGGAGCGGAGCGCCAAGGUGCGGGCUCGGUCGUGCCAUCCGCUUGCGCCCUCCCCCGCCUCCGGUCUUUUUGACUCUGUCUUGACACGGGGUCCAGGUGGGGGAGGAGGGAGAGGAGAGAGUGCGGUAGAUGCCGCGCAAGCCUACUACUAUAAACUAACUCACGCGCAAGUCCAUAUUCCUACUCUCACCUCGUUGUGGAGAAACGGUGGACAUAGUCGGGCACGGCGUUAGAGCUGUUGUAUAUGAUGAUGAUGAUGAUGAUGAUGAUGAUGAUGAUGAUGAUGAUGAUGAUGAUGAUGAUGAUGAUGAUGAUGAUGAUGAUGAUGAUGAUGAUGAUGAUGAUGAUGAUGCCAGGGCCCUUUAG